GGAAGAAAAGCGCUGGCAAGUUGAGUGAAAAAAUGGACGCCAUUGUUGAGGCUGGCGACGAGUUGUGAGUGAAAAUUGGUCAAAAUGGCGAAAUUCUGGCGUGGCGGUUGUUAAAAGUAACGGGAAACGGAAGUUACGCACGCUGGACGGUAGGCGGUGGCCAAUUUGACAGGAGCUGGGGGAUUUUGGGCGAAUUUUCGGCUAGUUGCUCCCCAGAGGGGUUGUGGUCGAGAUUUUUCCACUUGCCAGGGACGAGCGAGGACGGAAGUUGAUUUUCGCUGGAUGACGUCCGGCACUGUCCGGAACCAGCAGCAGAUUAGGACAGGACCGAAGAAAAAGGUCGUGAAAGACGACGACGGUGGCCACAACCAUGUACAUACGGAAUAGUUCGGGUUUCAUCGCUUUUUCCGUUCUGUUAAUUUUUGCAAUCUCGCUUACCCGUAGUGCAGAUGAGCCAACAACAACAAUCAAGUAUAGCAUUGUCCAGGGCUGGGCGGAAAAGCUGGGUGCGGAACUAGCAUCCCUAGGAGAUUUUAUAACUAGAAGAAAGGACGUAGAAGAUAGUUUUAAACAAGCACAAGUAGUUAGCAAAAAUGGACAGAAAAUUGUGGAAGAAAUGGCCAAGGACCUCAAGUACAUGAUGGAUGCCAAAGUGAGCGCCGUCAAGCGCAUCAUGGACACCGCCGAGAACACGGCCAUCUCGUACGACGAGGAACCGGUGAACCAAAGCUUCCAGUACUACAACGCGAAGGAGAUGAUCGAACCGGGCGAGAUCAUCACCACGCCGAUCCCGAUGAUCGACGAGGACCCGGCGGACAUUACGACCCCGAUCCCGCCCAAGGAGAUCGUGCUGACCAAGAAGAAGCACUUCUUCAACGAGGCGGUCAACACGUCGGUCAGCUCGGUGCACGUGCCCACCAAUGUGUACGAUCGAGCGACCGAGGUGAUCAGGGCGAUCAAGUGGUCCGAAGCGUUGGAUUCGAUCUUCUACAACAACUACAUCGGCGAUCCGACGCUCACGUGGCAGUACUUUGGCAGCUCGACCGGCUUUUUGCGGCAGUUUCCCGCGACCAAGUGGGAAGAGGAUCCAGUCGAUCUGUACGACUGUCGGCUGCGCUCGUGGUACAUCGAGGCGGCCAACAGUCCGAAAGAUGUUAUUAUCCUAGUAGACAGCUCCGGUUCCAUGACCGGCCAGCGGAAAGACAUAGCCAAGCACGUCGUGUCCAACAUCUUGGACACUCUCGGACCGAACGAUUACGUGAAUAUAUUUUCGUUUUCCGAAGAAGUGACCGAAGUUGUUGAAUGCUUCAGUGAGACGCUGGUGCAAGCAAACAUGGGUAAUAUCCGAGAGCUGAAGCUGGGAAUGGAUCACAUCAAGACGACUGAGAUCGCGAACGUGUCGGCCGCGUUGACCAAAGCGUUCGAGCUGCUGGAAACGUUCCGGGAGAGUCGCAACGGAGCACGCUGCAACCAGGCGAUCAUGCUGGUCUCGGACGGCGUUCCGUACAGCUUCGACGAGAUCUUCUCCGAGUACAACUGGAAGGAGCUCCCGUUUAUCCCGGUGCGCGUGUUCACCUACCUGAUCGGUCGCGAAGUGGCCGACGUGAAAGAGAUCAAGGAAAUGGCCUGCAAGAACCAGGGCUACUACGUACACCUGAGCACCCUGGCGGAGGUGCGCGAAGAAGUCCUCAACUACAUACCGGUCAUAGCGAGACCGUUGGUGCUGAACAAACGUGAACAUCCGGUGGUGUGGUCCGAGGUUUACGCGGAUGUUGAGGAUCCCAAAAUGACGGACUGGCUGUGGGAGAUCAAGGAGCGGGCCGAGCAAAAGGAGCGCUUCAUUGACUAUCGGAAGAAUCGGGUAAUUUUCUUCUCGCCGGAGGAACAGCACCGCCGCAUGAUCAUGAAGCAGCGUAUGAACCAGGACCCAUACUCCAACACCCAAAAAUACAACUUUAUGACGACAGUUUCGAUGCCCGUGUUUGACCGUCGAGAAAAUGCUAACAUCACCGAAGACAUCCUUAUCAAUGAGGCGUACUGGGUUAGGAUCACACGUGAGACCAGGGUGGCGAACAUUCUCGGCGUGGCUGGUGCCGACGUGCCCAUCUCGGAGAUCAAAAAGUAUCUCAAGCCUCAUUUGCUCGGUGUCAACGGAUACGCCUUCAUCGUUACGAAUAAUGGCUACAUUCUAACGCACCCCGAUUUCCGUCCAGUUUUCCAAGACAUUUUGAAACCAGCCUACAAUACGGUCGAUAUGAUAGAGGUUGAGCUGACCGACGACGACCGUGGACCACGCGACUUCAAUCCUGCCUUAUUGCAUAUACGAGAAUCUAUAAUAAAUCAGUCCACCGGAGCAAAGUGGGUGCACGUGAAGUAUCAUUUCGACGAAAUGAAACGCGUCUCGCGCACCAGGCGCCAGUACUACUGGACGCCAAUCAAGAACACCCCGUUCACUCUGGUGGUGACCUAUCCGGAAACGUACGGCGUUAACCGGUUGCAGAUCCGCACGGAGGACGAAAUCCACCGGAUCCACGCCAAGUCCGGCAACGUGGCGAGUUUCUUCACCGGUAUUAACUGGCGGAUUCAUCCGGAUUGGGUCUACUGCAAAUACUUGAACGAACACGCAAACGAAACGUUUGCCACUCCCGAGCUGGAGUUGAAGCACUUUUUGGAGCGCAUGAAGCAGGGCGGCUGGAGAUGGCCUGCCCUGCGGACUCCACCUCCGCCGGAGCACGCCAUGUUCUCUAACAUUUCGACCAGAAUGCCUGAAAAGGACUACUAUUACUGUGACCGAAAUCUUAUGCAAGCCCUGGUGUACGACGCCAAAGUAACGGAAUGGUUCUCGCGUAACACCAGCGGUGGCAGUGGCAACAAGGACGAAAAGCAAGGUCCUAGCCCAAUAGCCGUUUUGAUGGGUUUGUUGCCAAGGAACGAGUUUAAGCAACGAUUCGGCAUCACCGUGUCCUUCCUGGCGACGCACAGCGGACUGACCCGGUGGCAGGACCACAUGAACUUUGGGGACGAGUCCAAACAGGCAGAACCCGACUUCAGCGAGACGAACAACCGCGCCACCGAUGAGAUCUGGUACAAGCGGGCCGUCGAGCUGUACUACAACAUCAAGAACCGAAAGGGAGCGGACGGCAGCGGCAAGGACGACGGGGACAAGAACAGCUACGUGUACUCGGUACCGUUCGAUGCCGGAAAUCGAAACGACACGCUGGUCACCGCCAGCAACGCCAUCUUCCACGCGGACGGUGGCAAGGAGACGCCGGUGGCCGUCGUAGGCUUUCAGUUUCACCACUCGGCCAUGUACACCCUGUUCCGGAACAUUACGAGCCAGUGCCUGCACAGUGAUCCGCAGUGCGAGAAGACGUGCUUCACUGGGGACUAUCAGUGCUACGUCAUUGACAACAACGGGUUCGUGGUGAUCAGCGAGCAGUUGCAGGAAACGGGUUCCUUCUUCGGGGAGGUCAAGCCGGCGUUUAUGCAGCGGCUGAUUGACGACGGGAUCUUCAAGAACGUUACCAUCUACGACUACCAGGCGGUGUGCUUUGCGGGCAAGGGCACCGUCAGCCUGGGCAACGUUAUUCAGACGCCUCUAAGAAUAAUCUGGUGGUUCCUGACGAACGCGAUCUCCUACGUCCUGUGGGUGGUGGUUCAGAUAUUCAUCACAAUCGUCCAAGCGUACGAUGAAGUCAUGUACGAUAGCAGCGCGUACGACGCCGUGGCCGAAAUGGGCGACCUGGAAGAUCCCACGGCCGGUCGUUACAAGGAGCCCGAGUUCAACAAGGUGCUGAUCAACCGGACGCGGCCGGAACCGUGCGACCACGUGAUCACCCUGUACGAGCUCAACAACGACCUGGAGCCGAGCAUGUACAAAAAGGACGCCCACCAGUGUGAGAGACCGUACGUGGUCCUGCCGGUGCCGUCGAGCAACAUGAUCCUGCUGGUGCUGGACACGCUCUGUCCGCUGCCCAGCUCGGUGCCCACGCUGACGACGUGGCCCGUCCAGCACGACUACAACGCCUCGUUGGCCUGCCACAAGGUCCACAACGUGGAGCUGCCCCGGCGGAGGCCGCUGACCUGCAUCAACAAGCACGCCAAUGAAAGUAUAAUAGAACUUUGCGGCCGGGGGACAUCGCUCGGUCCACAAUUGGCCCUCAUGUUCGCACUGAGUGCGAUCCUGCUCGGAAUGUGGCACUUCCGGCGCCAUUAAGCUCAGUCGUCUCUUCGUUGAUCACGAACGGCACGUGAAAGUCACUUUAACUAUUUUCUAAGGACCAGCCAAUUUUUUCACUUUUUCUCUCGUUGACAAACAUAAAGUCUGUAAGCUAUCAAAAACGACCAGCUUGACAAAAACAUUCGAAUAGAUUUUUCAAAACUUUCUCAAAUGACAAGAUAAUCUUGUUGGACUAAAUACUGAGAGCUUUCAACUUGAAAAGAGAAAUUUUGAGUUUUGAAUUUCGUUUCAAUUGGGAAUUUACGCAGUUGGAUUUAUUUUACCGAAUUCGGUAAGGUUUACCGUUUUUCAACUGCUGAACAGUUCGGUAAAUUGAAAACUACGGAAUUUUGUCAAAACUUACCGAAAUUUUGUAAUACACUUCAUUAUUGUUCAUCAUACCUACAAUAGAUUUCCGGUAAAAAAAUGUUCAUUUUGACAGAUGGUGUAAGCAUCAAAACGUAACCGAUUACACAACUACUGAUUUCGGUAAAAAAGUACACAUUUAGAUGUUUUUACCGAAUUCAGUAAAAUUAUACUGGUUUUCAACUGCUGAGGUCGGUAAACUAAAAACUACCGAUUCCGGUAAAAUUUGGUUUACCGUUUUAAAUUUUACUGAUUUUGAUAAUACCGAAUUCGGUAAAAAAUGUGUAUGGAAUAUAAAUUUUAAAAACCACGUUCGCUUGCCUGUUUUUCUAAAUUGACAAAAUACAUUGUUUUCUUUAAAAUACAACCCCAAUCUGAAGUUGUUUUUUUACAAUAGAAGUUGUUAACAAAUUAAAGUAAAACAAUGACAAAUAGCUUCAAAUCCAAGUUAUUAUCAUUUUUUAUAUGAAUAAAUCAUAGACAAGCACAGAUAAACAGACGUGACACUCAUAACAAAAAUAAACAAAAACGGAAGCCACGCGUUUCAAGUGCGGUUCGUUAUCAAACUUUGUUUGUUUGUAUAUCAAAUCGUUAGUUAGUUUUGCUGUACCCGUUUCAUUUGGUAAUGGCACCAAACAAAUUUUCACAUCUGCAAAAAUGUGAGAAAAACCUUAUAAACCGAUAGUGAAACAAAUUUUUACAUUCCUUACAAUAACCAGCAGUUUAGAUCAUUCUAUCAAAUCUAGCAGAAUUUCGUUACAACAUUCCAAAAGAUUUUAUUACAAAGACAGUCUCUAACUAGUAUAAAUCGCUUUAACAAAUAAAUAAAUUUUGUUAUCGAUCAAACCGCUACCAAACAAACUCAAAAAUCUCUUUACAAAUUCAAAUACGCAUCUGUACAAAGUAAACGCAAAAAAUAGUUAAUACACCCCUCAGAACGAACGAAUGUGCUAAUACUGAUUAAAAAUCGAUUGAAACUAUAAUGAAUUAAAUCAAUUUAUUCUCGUUACAUUUUGUUGUUACUCACUAGCCGAUGGUUGAAAUUUUCUUGCGAUGAAAGCCGAAACAAAGUUUGUCUAUAGUUUGUUCAGUUUCCUGCGUUAAACUCUCCAAAGUGUUGAUGUUAUUGCUUUUGUGGCUUAGUAGAAUUAUAUAUAGUCAAAGAAACACAACGCUAAUCGAGACAAACAGAGAUAUUCCCCAUUUGAGGAGCAUACAAAUGUGAACAACUUGUAAAAAGACUCGUCAAUCACUAGGUAAACAAAAAAAAAACACUGGGUAAAAGAAGAGGAACGAAUGAAAUUUUUCUACACAAUUGUAAAUCUUAGCAACAUAAAACUAGGUUUAACAAAAACCAACGCAAGUGAGAUUAUUAGCAAAAUAAUUUCCAAGUUUACGAUAAAGCGAUUUCUUUCCGCCAAACUAAGAAAAAUAAAACGCAUUUUCCUCCCCGCCAGGUUCCAACAAUUUUGCGCAAAAGAACCAAACUAAAAGGAAAACUUAUCUUACUUAAAAAUAAAACCAUUAAACGCAUUAAAAAAAAA